CUGUCAGAAGUUGUAAUAUGUUUGAAAUGGGAAUGCAGCCCCAGUGUAGCAAAAGACAUCUUGUCUCAUUCCACAGUGGAUGCUCUACAUUAAUGAGGAGUCCCUCCAGACAUCAUGAAUGAUAGAUGCAGAUGAUGCUUUGAAUACUAACUUCCCUUCUGAUCUUCAAAUGGAACUGCAAGAAAAAAGACGAAUAGUCCUGACAACAAGUCCCCCUGAUGGAGGCUAUGGCUGGUUCAUUGUGCUUUCUACCUUCCUUGUCUUUGGGUUGACAUUUGGCAUCAUCAAGUCCUUUGGUGUGUUCUUCGUAGAAAUCCACCAUUAUUUUGCUACCACGGCAACAGCAAUCUCAUGGAUCACAUCCAUUUCUGUGGCAACUGUACAUUUUGGAGCCCCUUUUGGCUCUGCACUGAGUGCAUACUUCGGUCACCGGCCCGUGGUAAUGGCGGGGGGUCUGCUGAGCAGCAUAGGGAUGGUGGCGGGGUCAUAUUCCCAGGAUCUGCUACAGCUGUACAUCACUGUGGGGUUCCUUACAGGAUUUGGCUAUGCCCUUACCUGGACCCCUACUGUCACCAUGCUGGGAUGGUACUUUGAAAAGCGACGGCCUGUAGCCAACGCUCUGGCCAGCACAGGAGAAUGUAUCCUUACCUUCAUCCUGACCCCAUCCUUCCAGUUCAUGGUCGACCAAUAUUCCUGGAGGGGAGCAAUGCUGAUCCUUGGAGCUCUGCAGCUCAAUCUGUGCUUGUGUGGAGCUCUAUUGAGGCCACUUGACAGACACGUUCCUUCUAAAGAACUUACCAUAGAGGAGACAAAUCUAGAGUUGGAGAUGCUGUCCCAGACUCACACAAACAGGCAAGACUCAAAACAAAACUUUGAGCUGCUGAAAACCAAAAUCAUACGUUACGUGGACUACACGCUUAUCGCUAAUUUUCGUUUCAUGGUUUACUCAAUGUUUGGUGUCUUCGCUGCUCUUGGCUUCUUCGCGCCAUCACUGUUCCUGGUACCUUACGCCCGCAGCCUUGGAGUUGAGGAGUAUCAGGCAGCAGCUCUCUUGUCCAUUUCUGCGGUACUGGACCUGUUGGGCCGGUUGGUCUUCGGGUGGGUGGCUAACCUGAGGCUGUUGGAGACAAUCCAUCAGUUGAUCAUCACGGUGAUCUUGCUGGGCAUUGUUCUGCUGCUCUGCCCACUAGCAACCACCUUCACCCAGCUGGCAUUGUUCAGUGCUGGUUAUGGACUGGUUUUCGGAGCGACCGUGGCCAUUCACAUCACAGUGCUCUCGGAAGUGGUGGGGGUAGAGAGGCUGGGGAGUGCUCUGGGUUUCUUCAUGCUCAUCCGCAGCAGUGGUGGCCUUCUUGGACCACCUUUGGCAGGAUUUUUCAUUGACAAAAUGAAUGACUAUGGCGCUGGGUUCCUGAUGGCAGGCGUGGCUCUCAUAGUCUCCGCCCUCUUUCUGCUUUUGUUGCACCAGAUGAACAAGAAAGGAAAGCAAAAGGGAAAAGACAUCCCCUCGGAAAACGGAAAAGGAAGCGAGGAUCUGGAAAAUGGAAAAGGAAGCGAGGAUCUGAAAAACUGAAAUUCCGAUUUCAGAAAAAGUUCAAAGCAAGAGAAUUGGUAGGCACUGUAUAUUUGUGGGUGCACUCGAGUAGCUACUACAUGUAUUUUGCAAUGUCACGUUAAAGUAAGUUUGUCAAAAUGUACUUACCCACUAUAUACAAGCUUCUCUGCUGUGGACAAAUUUGAUUCAUGCAACUCCCACAAAACAUGCUGUCAUGUAAGAUGAGAUUCUAAUUAGAGAUGACUAUCAAACGCAAUAGGUGUAAAUUGACAGCAUGGCCUCAUGCCAGUGACAUGAAUCAUAUUAAUUUACCCUAAACUCUAUGUGACACUGAGUUAAUUGAUCAUUCUCACCUAAAUGAAGCCUUUGGAUUCUGGGAAGUCUUCUCGGCCGUACACUAUAAUAAUGCCAUUGCAGUGCAGUCAUAUUUCAUCAGACAUUUUGCUCCAGUGAGUCUGAAAAAAUGGGCAGUGUCUUAAUGGACUGAAUGCUGACUAAGGGUUUAGCUACUGCCAAAGAUGAACAUAUGCAGUAAAGUACACUAUCUAGUGAUAUUCCUUUUUUUAUAUAGCAACAGUAUGAAGCUACAUGGAUUCAACAGUGUCUUUUAGUUUGUUUGUAUAAAGAUCCAUAGAAUCAAAUUUGUAUUUGAAACAUGGAUUUUGUGUAAGCAGGUCUUGAGGUAAAAAAAAUACUAGUUUCAGAAAACAUUCUCAAUGAUCCCCCUCUAGUGGUGAUAAAAUGCAAAUGCAGGAUGGAGAACAAACUGUACAGCAAAACUGUUAUGAUUUUGUAGAUAAAACGCAUGCAACAGGAAAUCAAACUAUACAUCAAAAUGUACUGGAUGUAUUUAGUCAAAAGUCAAUACAAAACCUUAAAGCUAAAUUGUGAAUGUUAAAAUUAUUUUUUCCUCUCUCAUCUUAAAGAAAUAUUCUGGGUUCAAAACAAGAAUUUGUGUCGUAGUGUUGAUUACCACAACUUGUCCCUCCUUUUCUUAAAAAAAAAAAAAAAAGUCAAAAAUAUUGGUUACAGUGAGUUGCUUAAAAGCAGACAUGUGAUGCUUGUAAUUUUUGAAAGAUUUUACAUAAUUUUUGUGGUACACAACAUUAUGACACAAAUGCUUGUGCAAGCUGAUUGACUUGUAUUGAACCUGGAAUAUUCCUUUAAUAUGCCAGCUAUAACCAUGUGCAGGUUGAUUUCCCUGAAAAUGUAUAAUAUUUCUGCUUUCAAAAGAUUGCUCUGUUUAUUUGAGCAUCCCAACCAGCCCGGCACAGCAACAAUUGGCUCAACCAGUGCUGUGAUUUUGGGGUGGGAAUUUCUAUUUGUCUAAAUUACUGUAGUCGGGGGGACUAUUCGGGAACCUGUCAUAAUUUUUACAAUUUCAAUUUGUGACGACGGUGGCACAGAAAUUUAACUCUACCAAUGUAACCGUUUAAUGUCAUCUAUAAAUCAAUAGGGCAAAUGUGUUUCUUUAGAUCUUUCUUCAGUUUAAAGACAUAGAUAUUAAAAACAUGGGCGAAUCCUCCUUUGAAGAAAACCACAUGAUACUAUUAGACAGUACUUAGACAUGACCAGAUUUUUCCUGUUUAUACUGUAGCUAUUCAAAGCUAUAUCAUCUUUACAGGAUAUCAAAGCAUACUUCUGAUGCACUCUUCACUGGAGGCAAUAUCUAUUCCCACCAUCUGCACUUUGAUGUGUUUUAUGCAUGCUGGUCUGUGUAUAUCUUUCAUAGAACAGUGACUUUCAUCAUUUGAAAUAACAGAAAUAAGUACACUUGUUACUUCCCAAUCUGAGUAGACAAAUAUUAUGCUAGACUAGGAGAGCUUCUUUGUAACCUUGGAGUCACCAACUGCAUACAAAUGAACAUAUGCUUAACCUGUUUAAGUCUGUUCACACGCACAAUUGAGCACAUAUGUUUAAACACACAAACACACACACACACACACACACACACACAUACACACAGACACACACACAUACAAUGUAAUAUACGUAUACUAAAUCUCAGUGUCACACUUUUUCUUGUUAUAAGUAUACAUUCUUAUGUUUUCUUUUUCAGAAUAGACAUGCACAUCUAGUAUAAUCAAAAAGGCAACCAGGCAACAGAUGUGAGAAAUGAAAUCAAAGCCUUAAACUGUAUGCCCCUCAUUUCCGGCCCACAGAACCACAAUUAAAAGGGCUCCUUUUUAAUGUCUUUUGAAUACCAUUCAUUCCCACAUAAACUUUUCACGCCCUCUGCUGUCACAGACACUAUGUUUAGUUAAACACCUAUUACAGGUUCUCUGUCAACUGAGUUAUGAAAUACCAGGAUAAGAGGUUGUAAGACUAUUUAAGUGUUGUCUAACACAAGUGAUCUGGUUUUGGGUAUUUUUUGCAUUGCAUUUAGGUCAGCCUUUAAUUGUAGUUUUAAAUUAUGAUUAUUAAAUGACAUAAAGAGGUCAUGGAAGGUGCUUUUUUGCUUUUUAUUUCAUAAGGUCCACUUUUAAUAUUAAUAAUGUUGUUUGUGCCAAAAACAGUAAUAAUUUAGUAUUUUAAUUUUUUUUGUUUAAUUUGAGCCCUCUCUCAGACUCAUUAGAACUAUACUAAAACUAUUUCACAAGCUGCAAUCUGAGAAACAAGCUACACAUUUGAUGACGGCUCAGUUAUUGUUUUUAAUUGCUCCAUCCUUCAAUAGACCUUAUUCACGCUAGCGCCAUCUUGGAUUUUUAAUGGGAAUGGCAACAAAGCUGUGAGGGAUAGACUUACUGUUUCUUCAAUGGGCUGUUUUGCAGUUUAAAAUGUUUUUGGAUUGUUUUGCAGACAAAACAUUGAUAAAAUAUCUGUCCAAGAACAUUCAGUAUACAAAGAACUCCAGACAACAUGAGUUGUGAAAAAUCAGAUGUGAACUAGGAGCUUUUUACAGCUUUAUACCGUUCGUGCCAUUGAAGAGAUAGUAAGUGCAUCCCUCACAGCCUCAUUGUCAAAGAUGGCGCUAGUGUGAAUAAGGUCCACAAUAGCCUCUUUGAAUAGCCAAGACAUCUGGGUUCACAAAACAAUCUGUGCUGAAAUGUGCUUCUCAAACUUCUUUGAUUAAACUGAAAUGAUCAGAGACUGUGAAAUAUAAACUUCAGGCCGUUGUUUUUACAUUGGAAUUGUGCAAAAAGCUAUGCAGAGUGGCAGGUGCUACACAUAGGCUGCAUCCGAAAACUUAUGCAGCUAACUUGCUGCCUAAUCAGUGGAACUUUUAAGGAAACUGGUCUCAGAACAGUUUGAAAAGCACCUUAUUUCAUCCUACCUCUGUAUAAAGCCUCCACAGCCAGCAUUUUCAUUUUUUGGACACUGCUUGUAGAAAAAGCACAAGAUUUGGUUGAUUUUCAGACAUUUUUGUUUUAUAGUAAAAAUUUUUGGUGGAAAAAUAAACAUUAUUUAUCAUA